AUGGGGCGCUCUGGUCGCCAGGACGACAGACAGACUCCCAGGUCACCUGACACACUGGCCAGCGUCAAGACCGAGGAGAAACAUGUCCGACGCUCCUCGGUCAAGAAGAUAGAAAAGAUGAAGGAGAAGGUAAAGAGAGAGUGUGUGUGUGUGUGUGUGUGUGUGUGUGUGUGUGUGUGUGUGUGUGUGUGUGUGUUGUGUGUGUGUGUGCAGGGUCAAGGAUAUGAGAGCAGCCCUGUCUGAGUAUGAGACCCUGACACCCCUACUGACAUGUUGACCAAUGAUGCGUGGUCCUCUGUAGCUCAGCUGGUAGAGCACGGCGCUUGUAACGCCAAGGUAGUGGGUUCGAUCCCUGGGACCACCCAAACACAAAAAAUGUAUGCACGCAUGACUGUAAGUCGCUUUGGAUAAAAGCGUCUGCUAAAUGGCAUAUUAUUAUUAUUAUUAUGCAGCUCACACAGCCCAUUAUAGUGUGUGUGUGCCUGUAAGUGUGUGUAUGUGUGUGUAUGCAGCCUGUGUGUAUAUGCAUGUGUAUGCCUGCAUGUGUGUGUUGUUCAUGAAGGAUGUAUGAGUGUAUAACUGGCUUAAUGCUUUACUACAGCUGGGCUCUGUCAGAGUGAUAAGACCCUCAUUAUCAUCUCCAGAACCAAUAUAGACCAUGUUCUCUCUCAAUCCUGUUAUCUCUCUCUCAAUUUCAAUUCAAUUCAAUUCAAUUUGCUUUAUUGGCAUGACGUAACAAUGUACAUAUUGCCAAAGCUUACUUUGGAUAUUUACACUAUUAACAUAAUUUAAAUAAUAAUAAUCAAUAUCGUCAACGGGACAACAGUAACAACAAUAACCAAGGGUCAAAAUAACCAUUGAAAAAUAACAAUAUAGAGGACAUGUGCAGGUUGGUUGGUCUGUCAGACACUGUCCCUCAUCUUAUGGCAGGAAGCAAUGUAGUGCGCUGCCAACCCACAGCUCUCUGCGUCCUCCCCCAACAGGAUAGGUAGCCUAUUCUCAUCAGAGAGGUCUUUGAAACCUUGAAAAAUUGUAUCAAAUUUGGGGAAAUGACACUCUCUAAUUGUUUUAUAUUUUUGACAUUUUGUCAGGAAAUGCAGCUCUGUCUCAGGUUCUGGGAGCCAGGUUUUCCUGUGUCUACCCUUCUCAAUGGCAAGGCUGUGCUCACUGAGCCUGUACUUUGUCAAGGUUUUUCUAAGGUUUUGAUCAGUAACCAUGGUCAAAUAGUUAGCCACGGUGUACUGUCGAUUUAGGGCCAGAUAGCACUGCAUUUUACUUUGUGCUUGUGUUUCCCAAUAAGCAAUGUAGUUUUGUUUUGACUGUGUUGUAAUUUGGUUUAUUCUGAUUGAUUGGAUGUUCUGGUCCUGAGGCUUCAGCGGUCUAAGGCACUGCAUCUCAGUGCUUGAGGCGUCACUACAGACCCCCUGGUUCGAUUCCAGGCUGUAUCACAACCGGCCGUGAUUGGGAUUCCCAUAGGGCAGCGCCGGUGUAGGCCGUCAUUGUAAAUAAGAAUUUGUUCUUAACUGACUUGCCUAGUUAAAUAAAGGUCAAAUAAAGAAAAGAAAAAAAAGAAAGUAGAACAAGUUUGUGAACUCAGCCCCAGGACCAGCUGGAUGAAGGGACUCUUUUCUUUGCUCAGCUCUUGGCAUUGCAGGGCUUGGUAAUGAUAUGAGAGGGGGUCACUGUAUUUUAAAACUUAAUUGCUAUUUUUUGAGUUUUUAUUAUUAGUGGAUAUUGGCCUAAUUCUGCCCUGCAUGCAUUGUAUCUCUCUCUCUCUCUCUCUCUCUCUCUCUCUCUCUCUCUCUCUCUCUCUCUCUCUCUCUCUCUCUCUCUCUCUCUCUCUGUCUCCCUCUCAGAGGCAGGCUAAGUACACAGAGAACAAGCUGAAAGCGAUCAAGGCGAGGAAUGAGUACCUGCUGGCUCUGGAGGCCACCAACAGCUGUGUCUUCAAAUACUACAUCCACGACCUGUCUGACAUCUUAGACGUGAGUACACACCACAAAACAACACACAACCUUUUGUCUGUCUGUAGCCCAAUCCUCCCCCUCCUUCAUCUCUUCCCCCUCUCCCUGCAGCAGGUAGCCAUUUCCUCACAGCCUCAACAGACCUACUACGAGAAGAGCAGGGCUCUCCCCUCAUCCCUUAUCAUUCCUCCUCCCCCUCAUCCCUUCUUUCCCACUGGCAGGGCUCCCCUCUCUACAGCCUCCUCCCUCAUCCUCUUUUCCCUGACCCUUAACGAGGACCACUGGCAGGGCUCCCCCUUCUCUUCUCUUUCCCCCCUUCCCCUCUCCUCUCCUCCUCUCCUCUACCCUCUGGUCUCAUUACUGUCGUCUGUCCCCCACUAGAGACUGAGAACCUGUGGGUUAGCCUGUGGCUAUAUGAACAGGAAUGAUGAUGAUUGGUAAACAAGUAGUUCUACUGCUCCUUCACUCUGACUGAUGGGUUAGCAUGUAGCAUGACCUCACUCAUUCUGACUGAUGGGUUAGCAUGUAGGAUACCCUCACAUUCAUGAAUGAUGGUGUAGCAUGCAGCAUUGUUAAUUGGACGUCCACGGGAAUAUCUCAUUACCAAAGACAUAUUGCUUUGAUUUUAACCAUGACUUUCUAAGCUAUCUCUCUGCUCAAUUAAACAUUCUCUCUCUCUCUCUCUCUCUCUCUCUCUCUCUCUCUCUCUCUCUCUCUCUCUCUCUCUCUCUCUCUCUCUCUCUCUCUCUCUCUCUCUCUCUCUCUCUCUCUCUCUCUCUCUCUCUCUCUCUCUCUCUCUCUCUUUCUCUCGCCCCCCCACCUCCCUCUGUCAGUGCUGUGACCUGGGCUACCAUGCCAGUCUCCACCGUGCGUUGCGGACCUACCUGUCAGCGGAGAUGAACGUGGAGGCGUCUAAACACACUGGUCUGGAGGGCCUGGAGGGGGCAGUAGAGAGCCUGGAGCCCAAUGGGGACAAGCAGAGACUGAUGGAGACCUACAAUAACGUCUUCUGUCCCCCCAUGCGCUUCGACUUCCAGUCACACAUGGGAGACACGGUACGGGAAUGUGGUGGGGGGUGAUACGUGCUGUGGGGGGUUUGGGCUGGUUGGGUGGGGGUGGAGGGAUUAGUAAGUGUUUGAGUUUAAAUCCGGAAUCUGUAGCGGUGGAUCUGCCACGUCCGUUUGUAAUAUUACAUCAACAAAGAUGUUACUUCAAACAACACAGAUUUUUUUUUCCCUCUGACAUCAUUGCACAUGCGAUAGAACAGCGGAGUAUGUACUAUGAUUUUUUUUUUUUACCAUGAAUGCGCCUGGGGCGACCAGCUUGUGGAUCUCAGCUGUAAACUAAUUGUGUGUGUCUUUCUCAUUCUCUCUCUCUCUCUCUCUCUCUCUCUCUCUCUCUGUGUCUCUCUCUCUCUCUCUCUAGAUGGGGGUAGUAUGUGCCCAGCAGCCGUUAGAAGGGGAGUUACUCCAGAGGUGUCAGCAGCUGCAGUCCCGUCUCUCCACCCUCACCAUCGAGAAUGAGGAGGUGAAACCUGCACUCCUCCGGCUCAUCACUCCAUAAUUUUACCCCUUCAUCCCCCCAUCUCUCACUUCAUUACUCCAUCAUUUUACCCCUUCAUCCCCCCAUCUCUCACUUCAUUACUCCAUAAUUUCACCUCCUCCUCCCCCAUCCCUCACCUCAUCUUUCCAUAGCCUUUUCUGUUCAUUAUGACAGUUUUGAUUUGUCUUCCCACUCACACCAUUUUCACCCACAUUUUGAAGAGAAACAAGAUGUUUUAUUAAUUUUUAAUAGAAAAAUAAGAAAAUAAGAAAUAAAAAUAACCUUGCCUUGUCUACACGAACACUCACACUUCUCUUGCCAGCUCUGACUUUGCUGAUAGCUACUUUUAUUGAGGAUUAAUGUACUUACUAUGACUGAGAUAUGUGCUUGUCUCAUCUAGCUAUCUUAAGAUGGAUACACUAACUGUAAGUCGCUCUGGAUAAGAGCGUCUGCUUAAUGACUCAAAUGUAAACAAUUGAUUUCACCCACAUCUGUUGACAGAAUUUAUGACACUAUCUCUCUCUCUCUCUCUCGCUCCCCUCUCCCCCUCCCCCCUCCUUUCUCUCCCUCUCUCUAGGUGAAGAAGACUAUGGAGGCCACUCUGUCGACCAUCCAGGACAUGGUCACCGUGGAGGACUAUGACGUCAGCGAGUGUUUCCACCACAGCAACUCCAUGGAGUCGGUCAAGUCCACCAUGAGCGAAUCAUUCCUCAGCAAACCCAGCCUGGCCAAGAGACGGGCCAAUCAGCAGGAGACGGAGCAGUUCUACUUCACGGUGAGAACCAAUCACAGGGCAGAGAUGUGUCGUGUUGAGGACAGUGGUGUGUUAUGGUGAUACAGGAAGAGUCAGUGAGGUCUUGUUGUGGUGAUACACACAUUCACAUGCGCUGCCUAAGGAGGGGUCAGUGAUGAUACACACUCAAAUCUGUGCACAGUUACUAACGUCCCCCCCUCGUGCGCGCGCUCUCUCUCUCUCUCUCUCUCUCUCUCUCUCUCUCUCUCUCUCUCUCUCUCUCUCUCUCUCUCUCUCUCUCUCUCUCUCUCUCUCUCUCUCUCUCUCUCUCUCUCUCUCUCUCUCUCUCUCUCUCUCUGUACUGUAGAAACUGAAGGAGUUUCUGGAGGGGCGGAACCUGAUUACCAAACUGGAGGCCAAACAUGACCUGAUACAGAAGACUCUGGGAGAGAGUGAGUCACACACACACAGUCACAGAUUGCAUCAACUGGAUGUUUUUAACUGAGCAUGUCACUGCUAGGACAAAUAGUUUGAACACGUUUCCAACAGCGUGUUAGAGAGACAUUUGUGUGUGUGAGAGAGCAGAGCAGAGCAGGGAUUGGAGGACGGGGGGUGAAGGAGGCCAGAGCAGGCCACAGAGAGCAGACGCGUGUUAGGCCACACGAAGGGCCACACUGGGGAGCAGGAUGGGGCAGGGGGGGAUAGGAUGUGGGAGGGAGGGAGGGAGGGAGGGACGGAGGGGGGAGAGCACAGCUGUGGAUUGGGGGGGAGAUCCUCUGGGAUGUGUUUAGCAGGAGGUAUGGCUCCGACAGGAAAACCAUUGAGACUGUGUGUGUAUUAGCGUGUGUUUGUGUGUGUGUGUUUUAGCGUGUGUGUGUGUUAGCAUGUGUGUGUGUGUUAGCGUGUGUGUAUUCCAGGGGAAGUCUGUCACAGUUUGUAUCCAGCUGCGGCCAUUUCCCUCUUCUCUUCCUCUUGCUUCUGCUAUAACUUAAUAUUUUUUUCUCUCUCUUUCUCCCCUCCCCCUCUUCCUGUGUCUUCCCUGCUUUAGGUCAGAAGACUGACUGUUGCCUUGCCAGGUAGGUGAAGGAAGGAAACACAUACACACACUUACCAUUGGGAGGUUCUAUAGUAGGCUCUAUGGUCUAUUUGACUGUCUACAAGGGCGUGUUUAUGGGCACAUACUCAUUAUUCUGUUAGCGGAAAUUGUGUGUGUCUUUGUGUGUGUGUAUGUGUGAGUUCACAAAUGUAAGAAUAUUCGAAGAUAAAUAUACAACGCAAAGGACUAGUGGUCAAGAGGACUAGAGGUCAAGAGGGAAUUAACGAUCAAUGGAAAUAGUUGUUUUUCAGUUCAACAUCUGUUUAGAAUAGAUACAUUGAGCCUAAAACAGGAUACUUGGGGGGUUGGCUAUUGGCCCAAUUUUAUUGCAAGGAAUUCUAAUUGGUCAGCCACAUGCUAGGCUUGAGGCUAUAAACUGCAUCCUGUCUCUUUGUUCAGUGGAGAAACAUUGAGAACAGGGAAGAAUGAACAUCUACCAUCUACUUCCCAGCAAAACAACUAUGAUUUGUUCUCUUUGAAUAAAUAUUUUUUCUCCCCCUGAUUUGCUUUGGGGUCUGUGUUAUUGAAGAAUAACAUCAACUGCUAACACAUACAGUGGCUUGCGAAAGUAUUCACCCCCCUUGGCAUUUUUCCUAUUUUGUUGCCUUACAACCUGGAAUUAAAAUGGAUUUUUGGGGAGGUUGUAUCAUUUGAUUUACACAACAUGCCUACCACAUUGAAGAUGCAAAAUCUUUUUUUGUGUGAAACAAACAAGAAAUAAGACAAAAAAACAGAAAACUUGAGCGUGCAUAACUAUUCACCCCCCCAAAGUCAAUACUUUGUAGAGCCACCUUUUGCAGCAAUUACAGCUGCAAGUCUCUUGGGGUAUGUCUAUAUAAGCUUGGCACAUCUAGCCACUGGGAUUUUUGCCCAUUCUUCAAGGCAAAACUGCUCCAGCUCCUUCAAGUUGGAUGGGUUCUGCUGGUGUACAGCAAUCUUUAAGUCAUACCACAUAUUCUCAAUUGGAUUGAGGUCUGGGCUUUGACUAGGCCAUUCCAAGACAUUUAAAUGUUUCCCCUUAAACCACUCAAGUGUUUCUUUAGCAGUAUGCUUAGGGUCAUUGUCCUGUUGGAAGGUGAACCUCCGUCCCAGUCUCAAAUCUCUGGAAGACUGAAACAGGUUUCCCUCAAGACUUUCCCUGUAUUUAGUGCCAUCCAUCAUUCCUUCAAUUCUGACCAGUUUCCCAGUGCUGCCACCACCAUGCUUCACUGUGGGGAUGGUGUUCUCGGGGUGAUGAGAGGUGUUUGGUUUGCGCCAGACAAAGCGUUUUCCUUAAUGGACAAAAAGCUCAAUUUUAGUCUCAUCUGACCAGAGUACCUUCUUCAAUAUGUUUGGGGAGUCUCCCACAUGCCUUUUGGUGAACCAAACGUGUUCACUUAUUUUUUUCUUUAAGCAAUGGCUUUUUUCUGGCCACUCUUUCGUAAAGCCCAGCUCUGUGGAGUGUACGGCUUAAAGUGGUCCUAUGGACAAAUACUCCAAUCUCCGCUGUGGAGCUUUGCAGCUCCUUCAGGGUUAUCUUUGGUCUCUUUGUUGCCUCUCUGAUUAAUGCCCUCCUUGCCUGGUCCGUGAGUUUUGGUGGGCGGCCCUCUCUUGGCAGGUUUGUUGUGGUACCAUAUUCUUUCCAUUUUAUAAUAAUGGAUUGAAUGGUUCUCCGUGAAAUGUUCAAAGUUUUUAUAACCCAACCUUGAUCUGUACUUCUCCACAACUUUGUCCCUGACCUGUUUGGAGAGCUCCUUUGUCUUCAUGGUGCUGCUUGCUUCGUGGUGCCCCUUGCUUAGUUGUGUUGCAGACUCUGUGGCAUUUCAGAACAGGUGUAUAUAUACUGAGAUCAUGUGACAGAUCAUGUGACACUUAGAUUGCACACAGGUGGACUUUAUUUAACUAAUUAUGUGACUUCCGAAGGUAAUUGGUUGCACCAGAUCUUAUUUAGGGGCAAAGCAAAGGGGGUGAAAACAUAUGCACGCACCACUUUUCCGUUAUUUAUUUUUUAGAAUUUUUUUAUUUCACUUCACCAAUUUGGACUAUUUUGUGUAUGUCCAUUACAUGAAAUCCAAAAAAUAACCCAUUUAAAUUACAGGUUGUAAUGCUACAAAAUAGGAAAAACGCCAAGGGGGUUGAAUACUUUUGCAAGGCCCUUACGUAUUUAUUUGGACAGUGAAGCUAAAACGUUUAAUCUAUACUCCAGCAUUUUGGAUUUGAAUUAAAAUAUAAAAAAAUGAGGCAACAGUACAGAAUGUCACCUUUUAGUUGAGGGUAUUUUUCUGUUUUACCGUUUAGAAAUGAAAGCACUUCAUGUAUCUAGUCCCCCCAUUUGAAGGUGUCACAAGUAUGUGGACAAAUUCACUUAUAGUGUAUUAAAGUAGUCAAGAGUUUAGUUUUUGGUCCCAUGUUCCUAGCACGCAAUGACUACAUCGAGAUUGUGACUCUACAAACUUGUUGAAUGCAUUGGCAGUUUGUUUUGGUUGUGUUUCGGAUUACAGUGCCUUCAAAAAGUAUUCACACCCCUUUACUUUUUCCACAAUUUGUUGUGUUACAGCCUAAUUUUAAAAUGGAUUAAAUAGAGAUUUUUUUGUCACUGGCCUACACACAAUACCCCAUAAUGUCAAAGUAGUUGUGUUUUAUAAUUUUUUUAACAAGUUAAUAAAAAAUGAAAAGCUUAUGGCAAGCCUAAACAAGUUCAGGAGUAAAAAUGUGCUUAACAAUUCACAUAACAUGAACUCACUCUGUGUGCAAUAAUAGUACUAAACAUGAUUUUUGAAUGACUACCUCAUCUCUGUACCCGACACACACAAUUAUCUGUAAGGUCUCUCAGUCGAGCAGUGAAUUUCAAACACAGAUUCAACCACAAAGACCAGGGAGGUUUUACAAUGCCUUGCAAAGAAGGGCACCUAUUGGUAGAUGGGUAAACAAAAUAUAUAUAUAUUGAAUAUCCCGUUGAGCAUGGUGAAGUUAUUAAUUACACUUUAGAUGGUAUAUCAAUACACCCAGUCACUACAAAGAUACAGGCGUCCUUCCUAACUCAGUUGCCGGAGAGGAAGGAAACUGCUCAGGGAUUUCACCAUGAGCCCCAUGGUGACUUUAAAUCAGUAAUGGAGUUUAGUAGAUGUGAUAGGAGAAAACUGAGGAUGGAUCAACAACAUUGUAGUUACUCCACAAUACUAACCUAAUUGACAGAGUGAAAGGAAGGAAGCCUGUCCAAAAUAAACUAUUCCAAAACAUGCAUCCUGUUUGCAACAAGACACCCAAGUAAUACGACAAAAUAUGUGGCAAAGCUUUUUCACUUUUUGUCCUGAAGUGUUAUGUUUGGGGCAAAUCCAAUGCAACACAUUACUGAGUACCACUCUCCAUAUUUUCACGCAUAGCAGUGGCUGCAUCAUGUUAUGGGUAUGCUUGUAAUUGUUAAGGACUGGGGAGUUUUUCAGGAUAAAAAAUUAACGGAAUGGAGCUAAGCACAGGCAAAAUCUUAGAGGAAAACCUGGUUCAGUCUGCUUUCCACCAGACACUGGAAGAUGAAGUCACCUUUCAGCAGGACAAUAACCUAAAACACAAGGCCAAAUCUACACUGGAGUUGCUUACCAAGAAGACAGUGAAUGCUCCUAAGUGGCUGAGUUAACAGUUUUGAUUUAACAAAUGUUGCACAAUCCAGGUGUGGAUGGCUCUUAGAGACUUACCUAGAAAGACUCACAGCUACAAUCGCUUCCAAAGGUGAUUCUAACAUGUAUUGACUCAGGUGGUUGAAUACUUACAGUUGAAGUCGGAAGUUUACAUACACUUAGGUUGGAGUCAUUAAAACGUGUACAGGUACCACGUUCAUCUGUACAAACAAUAGUACGCAAGUAUAAACACCAUGGGACCACACAGCCGUCAUACCGCUCAGGACGAAGAUGCGUUCUGUCUCCUAGCGAUGAACGUACUUUGGUGCGAAAAGUGCAAAUCAAUCCUAGAACAACAGCAAAGGACCUUGUAAAGAUGCUGGAGGAAACAGGUACAAAAGUAUCUAUAUCCACAGUAAAACGAGUCCUAUAUCGACAUAACCUGAAAGGCCGCUCAGCACGGAAGAAGCCAUUGCUCCAAAACCGCCAUAAAAAAGCCAGACUACGGUUUGCAACUGCACAUGGGGACAAAGAUCGUACUUUUUGGAGAAAUGUCCUCUGGUCUGAUGAAACAAAAAUAGAACUGUUUGGCCAUAAUGACCAUCGUUAUGUUUGGAGGAUAAAGGGGGUGGCCUGCAAGCCGAAGAACACCAUCCCAACCGUGAAGCACGGGGGUGGCAGCAUCAUGCUGUGGGGGUGCUUUGCUGCAGGAGGGACUGGUGCACUUCACAAAAUAGAUGGCAUCAUGAAGGAAGGAAAAUGAUGUGGAUAUAUUGAAGCAACAUCUCAAGACAUCAGUCAGGAAGUUAAAGCUCACCUCGUGGAGUUGCAAUGAUCAUGAGAACGGUGAGGAAUCAGCCCAGAAGUACACGGGAGGAUCUUGUCAAUGAUCUCAAGGCAGCUGGGACCAUAGUCACCAAGAAAACAAUUGGUAACACACUACGCAGCUGGGACCAUAGUCACCAAGAAAACAAUUGGUAACACACUACGCCGUGAAGGACUGAAAUCCUGCAACACCCGCAAUGUCCCCCUGCUCAAGAAAGCACAUAUACAUGCCCGUCUGAAGUUUGCCAAUGAACAUCUGAAUGAUUCAGAGGAGAACUGUGUGAAAGUGUUGUGGUCAGAUGAGACCAAAAUGGAGCUCUUUGGCAUCAACUCAACUCGCCGUGUUUGGAGGAGGAGGAAUGCUGCCUAUGACCCCAAGAACACCAUCCCCACCGUCAAACAUGGAGGUGGAAACAUUAUGCUUUGGGGGUGUUUUUCUGCUAAGGGGACAGGACAACUUCACCGCAUCAAAUGGACGAUGUACGGGGCUAUGUACCUCAGCCAGGGCAUUGAAAAUGGGUCAUGGAUGGGUAUUCCAGCAUGACAAUGACCCAAAACACACGGCCAAGGCAUCAAAGUAGUGGCUCAAGAAGAGGCGCAUUAAGGUCCUGGAGUGGCCUAGCCAGUCUCCAGACCUUAAUCCCAUAGAAAGUCUGUGGAGGGAGCUGAAGGUUCGAGUUGCCAAACGUCAGCCUCGAAACCUUAAUGACUUGGAGAAGAUCUGCAAAGAGGAGUGGGACAAAAUCCCUCCUGAGAUACGUGCAAACCUGGUGGCCAACUACAAGAAACGUCUGACCUCUGUGAUUGCCAACAAGGGUUUUGCCACCAAGUACUAAGUCAUGUUUUGCAGAGGGGUCAAAUACUUAUUUCCCUCAUUAAAAUGCAAAUCAAUUUAUAACAUUUUUGACAUGCCUUUUUCUGGAUUUUUUUGUCGUUAUUCUGUCUCUCACUGUUCAAAUAAACCUACCAUUAAAAUUACAGACUGAUAAUUUCUUUGUCAGUGGGCAAACGUACAAAAUCAGCAGGGGAUCAAAUACUUUUUCCCCUCACUGUAUAUAUAUACACUACCGUUCAAAAGUUUGGGGUCACUUAGACAUUUCCUUGUUUUCCAAGAAAACAUACAUGAAAUGAGUUUGAAUAGGAAAUAUAGCAAAAUGCAUAGGAAAUGUAGUCAUUGACAAGGUUAGAAAUAAUGAUUUUUAAUGGAAAUAAUAAUUGUGUCCUUCAAACUUUGCUUUCGUCAAUUUGCAAUUACAGCCUUGCAGACCUUUGGCAUUCUAGUUGUCAAUUUGUUGAGGUAAUCUGAAGAGAUUUCACCCCAUGCUUCCUGAAGCACCUCCCACAAGUUGGAUUGGCUUGAUGGGCACUUCUUACGUACCAUAUGGUCAAACUGCUCCCACAACAGCUCAAUAGGGUUGAGAUCCGGUGACUGUGCUGGCCACUCCAUUAUAGACAGAAUACCAGCUGACUGCUUCUUCCCUAAAUAGUUAUUGCAGAGUUUGGAGCUGUGCUUUGGGUCAUGGUCCUGUUGUAGGAGGAAAUUGGCUCCAAUCAAGCGCCAUCCACAGGGUAUGGCAUGCCGUUGCAAAAUGGAGUGAUAGCCUUCCUUCUUCAAGAUCCCCUUUACCUUGUACAAAUCUCCCACUUUACCACCACCAAAGCACCCCCAGACCAUCACAUUGCCUCCACCAUGCGUGACAGAUGGCAUCAAGCACUCCUCCAGCAUCUCUUCAUUUGGUCUGCGUCUCACAAAUGUUAUUCUUUGUGAUCCGAACACCUCAAACUUCGAUUCGUCUGUCCAUAACACUUUUAUCCAAUCUUCCUCUGUCCAGUGUCUGUGUUCUUUUGCCCAUCUUAAUCUUUUCUUUUUAUUGGCCAGUCUGAGAUAUGGCUUUUUCUUUGCAACUCUGCCUAGAAGGUCAGCAUCCCGGAGUCGCCUCUUCACUGUUGACGUUGAGACUGGUGUUUUGGCGGGUACUAUUUAAUGAAGUUGCCAGUUGAGGACCUGUGAGGCAUCUGUUUCUCAAACCAUACACUCUAAUGUAUUUGUCCUCUUGCUCAGUUGUGCACCGGGGCCUCCCACUCCUCUUUCUAUUCUGGUUUUCUAAUGAUCAAUUAGCCUUUUAAAAUGAUAAACUUGGAUUAGUGCCAUUGGAACACAGGAUUGAUGGUUGCUGAUAAUGAGCCUCUGUACGCCUAUGUAGAUAUUCCAUUAAAAAUCAUCAGUUUCCAGCUACAAUAGCCAUUUACAACAUUAACAAUGUCUACACUGUAUUUCUGAUCAAUUUGAUGUUAUUUUAAUGGACAAAAAAAUUGCCUUUCUUUCGAAAACAAGGACAUUUCUAAGUGACCCCAAACUUUUUAACGUUAGUGUAUAUAUAAAAAAUGUUUUAAUGGUCAUCCACUUUGAUAUUAGGUAGUAUUUUGUGUAGAUCGUUGACAAAGAAUUACAAUGAAAUCCAUUUAAACCUUGUAACACAACAAAAUGUGAAAAUAGUCAAGGGGUAUGAAUACUUUCUGAAGGCACUGUACUGUAUGUUGUACCCAAUAGAAAUUAAUGGUAAAUCAUGUAUUUUUGUCAUUUUGGGGUCACUUUUUCUCACUCAUCAUUAUUCAGGAUUAAUUCAUGAUUAUCCGUAAUCAUGGUAGCAUCCACAUUAAUGUAGAAGUGUUCAUAAACAUUUUAUUCUUAUUUACAAUAAGUUACAGAGGACAAAGAUCAUACCCCCCCCAAGUUACACAUUUUAGCUACAUUGUCCAAAUAAAUACAUUAGGGAGUGUAGAUCAUUUCCAGAGUUGUGUAUAAAUAGUAUCUCUGGAGGCGUAGUGAUAGAACAGUGUUCUCUCUCUUUCCCUCUCUUUCUCUCCAGUGACAGGAGGAACUCUGCACUACGGAAGCAGGUAAUUUUCUCUCUCCGUUCAGAGUGUGGUUUCAUGUGUGUACGUUUCUCUCUCUGUGUAUGUGGUUUUACCUUUGUCCUGGACUCACUGUCCACUGCUCUGCAUAUUAUGCACCAGCCCCAUGCCAAUCUCUUGCUAGGUUUACAGACUGCACCAUCUGAAACAGUUCUGCAGGUAAACUGUACUGUAUUAGAAGGGUCAGUGCUAUCUGGGGUCCUUGGGACGUCCCUAACCUAAACCCUAACCCUACCUUUAACCCCUACCCUAACCUUACACCUUACCUGAAUCAUUGUACAUUUCAACUAGGGACAUCCGAAGGAUCCAAGAUUGCAAGGACCGUAUAAGAAGAGAUAGAUUCCAUUUCUAUUAUAACAUCCAGUGAGUGUAGCUAGCUCCCCCUAGUGGGAGCCUUCUGCUGUGAUCCUCCACUGUCAACACCCCCCCCCCAGAGAUCAGUGAAACAGCAGGCAGCUUCUGAACAGCAUACAACCACACUGAUACACACAGACAUGUAACACACAAAUACGCACACAUGCAGAAUGUUCCACAGAUUCCCUGCCCUCAUCAGAUAGUGAUCUGUGGAAAACCCAAACAAAGGGAUUGGGAAAAAGCUAACUCCUAGCAACAGCUGGCUUCUGUAUUCCCGCGCUUCCCUCUCCGCUAUGAAACCUCUUCCUCAUCGAUGUGUGUGUGUGUGAGUGUGUGUGCGUUCAAGCAUGUGUGACUCCUUUUGUAUGUGCUGUGUGCCUGAUUGCAUAUGUGAUUCUUGUAUCCGUGUGUAAGUCAUAUUCUCCCUGUCUGGACUCUCAGUCUCAACACUGGUUACUGUUAUUCUACUGCUCUCCCUCCAUCCCUCUCUCCCCUCCAUCCCUCUCUCCCCUCCUCCCCUCUCUCCCCUCCUCCCCUCUCUCCGACAGAGGGAAAUGGUCAGGGAAUUCUCUUUUCACUCUCCAUCCCCCUUUCCUCUCCUCCCUCUCCUGGUUACCUGCACGGCAUAUUCUCUCCUCCUCUAAUCCUCCUCUCCUCCUCUCUCUCAGGAGGCUGGCCAGGUCAUCCCUCUGAUGGUGGAGAGCUGUAUCCGCUUCAUCAGUCGCCAUGGUGAGGAUGCCCUGCUCUGUGCUCUCAUUGGCUGGGUCUCUGUUGAAUAGGUCAAUGACUGGCUGUGUCUCUGUUGACUGUGCCAAUGUCUGGCUCUGUCUCUGCCUGUGUGGAUGGGUGUUUUGUUGUUGGCUUUGCAGGGGCAAAAUAAAAAAAAUAAAAAAAUAGAAUAACCUUAAGUAUUGUGACAUUGCAAUAUAAAUAAUUCAAAUACAACAGAAUAAUAAAUAGCCUGUGUCGGCUGUCUGUUGUCUAGAAGAUCAGUAACAUCGCUCUCUCUCUCUCUCUCCCUCUCUCUGUCUCUCGCUUUCAAUUCAAUUCAAUGGAUUUAUUGGCAUGGGAAACAUAUGUUUACAUUGCCAAAGCAAGUGAAAUAGAUAAUAAACAAUAAGAAAUGAACAGUAAACAUUACGCUCACAAAAGUUCCAAAGGAAUAGAGACAUUUCAAAUGUCAUAUUAUGUCUAGUGAGUGUGCAAUAGUUAAAGUACAAAAGGGAAAAUAAAUAAACAUAAAUAUGGGUUGUAUUUACAUUGGUGUUUGUUCUUCACUGGUUGUCCUUUUCUUGUGGCAACUGGUCACAAAUCUUGCUGCUGUGAUGGCACACUGUGGUAUUUCACCCAAUAGAUAUGGGAGUUUAUCAAAAUUGGAUUUGUUUUCAAAUUCUUUGUGGGUCUGUGUAAUCUGAGGGAAAUAUGUGUCUCUAAUAUGGUCAUACAUUUGGCAGGAGGUUAGGAAGUGCAGCUCAGUUUCCACCUCAUUUUGUGGGCAGUGUGCACAUAGCCUGUCUUCUCUUGAGAGCCAGUUCUGCCUAUGGCGGCGUCUCUCAAUAGCAAGGCUAUGCUCACUGAGUCUGUACAUAGUCAAAGCUUUCCUUAAUUUUGGGUCAGUCACAGUUGUCAGGUAUUCUGCCACUCUAUACUCUCUGUUUAGGGCCAAAUAGCAUUCUAGUUUGCUCCGUUUUUUUGUUAAUUCUUUCCAAUGUGUCAAGUAAUUAUCUUUUUGUUUUCUCAUGAUUUGGUUGGGUCUAAUUGUGUUGCUGCCCUGGGGCUCUGUGGAGUUUGUUUGUGAACAGAGCACCAGGACCAGCUUGCUUAGGGGGCUCUUCUCCAGGUUUGUCUCUCUGCAGGUGAUGGCAUUGUUAUGGAAGGUUUGGGAAUCGCUUCCUUUUAGGUGGUUGUAGAAUUUAACUCUCUCUCUCUCUCUCUCUCUCUCUCUCUCUCUCUCUCUCUCUCUCUCUCUCUCUCUCUCUCUCUCUCUCUCUCUCUCUCUCUCUCUCUCUCUCUCUGAAGGUCUGCACCAUGAGGGCAUCUUCAGAGUGUCUGGCUCUCAGGUGGAGGUCAACGACAUCAAGAACGCCUUUGAGAGAGGUAAGACUACACUACCCAGAAAGCCCAGCUCCAGCCAUAGCAUAAACAGUAGGACCUGCUUAUCUCACAAUACUCCUUCUUUAACCCACCCAAAUGUCUUUCCUUUCCCCUCUUUCUCACCCCAACACAUCUCUUUCUCUCUCUCUUUAUUUCCCUCUCGUUCAUCCUCCCUUCAUCCUCUGUCUCCAGGUGAGGACCCGUUGGCGGGGGAUCAGAAUGAUCAUGACAUGGACUCCAUCGCUGGCGUUCUAAAGCUCUACUUCAGAGGCCUGGACCACGCCCUCUUCCCCAAGGAAGUCUUCCAUGACCUCAUAUCCUGUGUCUGUGAGUCUCCGCCAGCGCCACUCCUUUUCCAUUAUCAUACCCUACAAAAAGACCACUGUCCACUGUCCAGUGGUGAGUGUGUGCGUGUGUGCAACGUGUGUGUUUGUAUGUGUUCACCCUUUGUGUGUGUUCUGUUUCAGCUAUGGAGAACCUGCAGGAGAGGGCUGUCCACAUCAGGAAGGUUCUGAUGUCUCUGCCCAGCAACACUCUCAUCAUCAUGAGAUACCUGUUUGCCUUCCUUAACUAGUGAGUAAUGUUGUACUAACACUAUUACAACACUACUGGAACAUUACUACAGCUCAACUAGUGGUGAUCCCACUGCACUACCAAAGCUGUGCUCAGGCUAAUCUGUAAUGUUGUAUUCAGAGUAGCCCGUCCCUCUAUCCCUCCCUCCCUCGCUCCCUCCCUCCCUCCCUCCCUCGCUCCCUCCAUCCCUCCCCUCUCUGUGGUCUAUGUGUAGCCAUAUGGUUUCUCCAGCCAGCGGAAUCUGUUACAGUUUCACUAUCAUUGCCAGAAUGAGGUGUGUGUGUGUUUCCCAUACUGGUAUAAAUGGCUGCUCUGUGUCUGUCCGCCCUUACAGCUCUCCCCUGAGUCAUAAAGGACACCAGACGUGCCAGAAUCACCCUUUACUACUGCUACUACUACAACACACACACACACACACACACACACACACAGUCAUCAAAGUCUCAGCUUUGAUGACUAAACCCUCCAUCUGGGGGCUGAGAUAGAAAGAGAGAGAGAGAAAAGGAGUGAGGAGAAAAGAGAGGAGUGAAACUUGAGCACCAUGUGCAGUUUUCAGGGUCCCAGACAGACAGGCCUCUUAUGACAAAUCCUGUUUGGAGCUGGUCCAUUUGGUCCAAGUGAUUCAACAUGACCCCCAACUAUGGCUGUGGCGGUCACGAACUUUCGUCAGCCGGUGAUUGUAAAGCAAAUAAUUGUCGGUCUCACGGUAAUUUACCGUUAAUUAACAUAAACACACUUAGCAUCUCCUGGCUUCCACACAUAGCCUACAAGACAUUUAAAAAAGUCUAAUAAAUCCAUGUAAUAUAGCAUACACCUUCACAAUAAAUCCAUUAUUUAUUUUAGACAGGUCUAAAGAAGCAUGAUAUGAAGAAAAUGUAGUCUAUUUCAGAAGAAAAUAAUAGCAUACUCUGAGUUGUCCUUAUGUUAGGUCCUGAUGUGGCUAUGCCAAAUGGCUGUGGGCUACACUAGUUCAUUUAGAAGACAAGAUUUGCUUAUAAUUCCGUGGCAUUAUUUGAUAUUAUUUUAUAGUAUGAAGAAUACAAUUGAACAAAGCUGAAUAAAAUAUAAAUAUUUUCUCCAAUCGAUUUGAGGGAGUGCGCACAUGCGGCUAUUCUGAGUUGAGUGGUUAACAAAUAAAUAGGUAUUCCUAUAUGCUUAAUUUAGAGUUAUUAUUGUUUUGAUUUUUAAUACAUUGUAAGGCUGCAUGAUGAAAAAGUCGCUUGAAAGGCAUGAGCUCUGCUUAGUUUUUUUUUGCACAGGCUGUACACACUCCAAUAGUCUCUCAUUCACAAUUUGACAAGCACUUGAUAAUGCCUCGAAUUUCACGGCGGCAUCCCCUUUGUGGCCGUAAUGCACCCUAAAAACAUCCAUGCCUUUUGCGGCCCGGAGUGCUGCGUUGUGUCCUUCUCUCUGAGUGUGCCUCUCACUCACAUGGCUCUCCUUCACGUGAUCGGGUCUUUCUCAUAGGCUACAAGUGAAGAUAGACACAUGCGCGCGUCCUUAUCCAAUUCCGAGGUGCAUACAGUGCCUUGCAAAAAUAUUCAUCCCCCUUGGCGUUUUUCCUAUUUUGUUGCAUUACAACCUGUUAUUUAAAUGGAUUUUUAUUGGGAUUUUAUGUAAUGGUCAUACACAAAAUAGUCCAAAUUGGUGAAGUGAAAUGAAAAAAAUUACUUGUUUCAAAAGAUUCUAAAAAAUAAAUAACAGAAAAGUGGUGCGUGCAUAUGUAUUCACCCCCUUUGCUAUGAAGCCCCUAAAUAAGAUCUGGUGCAACCAAUUACCUUCAGAAGUCACAUAAUUAGUUAAAUAAAGUCCACCUGUGUGCAAUCUAAGUGUCACAUGAUCUCAGUAUAUAUACACCUGUUCUGAAAGGCCCCAGAGUCUGCAACACCACUAAGCAAGAGGCACCACCAAGCAAGCGGCACCAUGAAGACCAAGGAGCUCUCCAAACAGGUAAGGGACAAAGUUGUGGAGAAGUACAGAUCAGGGUUGGGUUAAGUAUCCGAAACUUUGAACAUCCCACGGAGCACCAUUAAAUCCAUUAUUAAAAAAUGGAAAGAAUAUGGCACCACAACAAACCUGCCAAGAGAGGGCUGCACACCAAAACUCACGGACCAGGCAAGGAGGGCAUUAAUCAGAGAGGCAACAAAGAGACCAAAGAUAACCCGAAAGGAGCUGCAAAGCUCCACAGCGGCGAUUGGAACAUCUGUCCAUAGGACCACUUUAAGCCGUACACUCCACAGAGUUGGGCUUUAUGGAAGAAUGGCCAGAAAAAAGCCAUUGCUUAAAGAAAAAAAUAAGCAAACAUGUUUGGUGUUUGCCAAAAGGCAUGUGGGAGACUCCCCAAACAUAUGGAAGAAUGUACUCUGGUCAGAUGAGACUAAAAUUGGGCUUUUUGGCCAUCAAGGAAAAUUCUAUGUCUGGCGCAAACCCAACACCUCUCAUCACCCAGAGAACACCACCCCCACAGUGAAGCAUGGUGGUGGCAGCAUCAUGCUGUGGGGAUGUUUUUCAUCGGCAGGGACUGGGAAACUGGUCAGAAUUGAAGGAAUGAUGGAUGGCGCUAAAUACAGGGAAAUUCCAGAGAUUUGAAACUGGGACGGAGGUUCACCUUCCAGAAGGACAGUGACCCUAAGCCUACUGCUAAAGCAACACUCGAGUGGUUUAAGGGGAAACAUUUAAAUGUCUUGGAAUGGCCUAGUCAAAGCCCAGACCUCAAUCCAAUUAGGAAUCUGUGGUAUGACUUAAAGAUUGCUGUACACCAGCGGAACCCAUCCAACUUGAAGGAGCUGGAGCAGUUUUGCCUUGAAGAAUGGGCUAAAAUCCCAGUGGCUAGAUGUGCCAAGCUUAUAGAGACAUACCCCAAGAGACUUGCAGCUGUAAUUGCUGCAAAAGGUGGCUCUACAAAGUAUUGACUUGGGGGGGGUGAAUAGUUAUGCACGCUCAGGUUUUCUGUUUUUCUGUCUUAUUUCUUGUUUGUUUCACAAUAAAAAAUAUUUUGCAUCUUCAAAGUGGAAGGCAUGUUGUGUAAAUCAAAUGAUACAAACCCGUCAAAAAUCAAUUUUAAUUCCAGGUUGUAAGGCAACAAAAUAGGAAAAAUGCCAAGGGGGGUGAAUACUUUCGCAAGCCACUGUAUUGAAGAUAUUGAAAGAACUGUCCACAUUUACUUUUCGUCAGCCAACAAGAUGAGUAGGCCAAACGAACAGCAAAAGCUCUAGCCUAUGUCAAUCUACUAUCCCUCCCCAAACUUGAAACUCACGCGCUGCUUAUAUAUGCCAGUUAGGCAUAGACCCGUUGUAAAGCGGAUUAAUGUGCUAAUUUUACUAAGUUAGAUGGCCACUUUAGUUGUGAAACAAACCUUAUUAAAACAUAUAGGCCUAUGGGCUAGGCUACAUGAGGUGUGUGACUAUGAUUAGAAAAAGUCACAAAAAAAAGGCAUUGUUUCUUAUACUGGGCAUCAUUCACAAGUGAUAAUAUAUCAUUCACAAGUGAUAGGCUAAUAUUGUCACCCAUCAGACUAUUCUUGAUUUAAUCUUGUCUUUACAUAUACUAAAUAAUAUAUGUGUGACAUUUGUUUUGAUUUAGAAUGGACCAUUAUCAUGCACCUGUAUCGAAACAGGGGCAGCGGGAAAAAAAUAAAUGUCAUCUAUCCACUUAAAUAGCGAAUGGAGGAUGCUUUUCCACGUGGUUUAUUUUCAUGCCAGCCAGGUAGGCAAUACUCCUGUUUUAAAGAGAAGCAAUGUGCUUAAUAUUAGGAAAGUUGAGAAAUAAAUAUAGUAGGCCUAGCCUAUAGAAAGCUGAUGGGAUCCUCCUAUUUUUAUUAGUGGUCAUCACUGUUUUCUCACACAGUUGCAUAGUCUAUAGAAAUGUUGCGCAACAUGAUCUCAUGGGCUCUCAUUAAGUGUUUGAUUAGAUUUUCGAAUCUAUUUGCAUUGAUGUCAAAGUGAUUAGAGGGACAAUAGAGUGCUGAGUACCAGGCAGUUAGCAAGUUUAGUAGGGUACUAAUGACCACCAGCAGCAUCAGAGCUUGGAGAAGCCUAGUUACCGUGACUAAACGGGCUUAUCCUAUGGGGGCUGAGAUUGUGGUCAGACUACCCUUGUACCCGAGAGUGCACUCAUCCACACAAGAUUGAAUGGACUUUUAGACAUUUUGGGGUGGAAACUCCCUUUAAAGCACCAAUCCAAUGCAUGGUUGUUAAGGGGUCUGGAAUAGAAGCAAGAGACCAGUCAGUCUAAAGAGAUAAUGAGCUGCCUAAGAGCUUUAUAGCACAUUCUGCUGCCUGAGGGGCUGGAACCCUGCUUUCCACUAAUCCUGGUUAAAACAUUACUGUCCUACACCCACCCACACACACACACUCUUUCUGGUUUAAACAUUGCAGUCGUAUACACACAGAGACACGGACACAGAUGAUGGGUAAUGAUUUCAACAGGAAUGCGAUAAAGGCAGUACGUGUGUGUGUGUGUUCACGUGUGUGUGUUCACGUGUGUGUGUUCACGUGUGUGUGUUCACGUGUGUGUGUUCACGUGUGUGUGUUCCUGCUAAACCCUCUCCUCUCUCUCCAGCCUGUCCCAGUACAGUGAGGACAACAUGAUGGAUCCCUAUAACCUGGCCAUCUGCUUUGGGCCCACCCUGAUGUCAGUCCCAGAGAGCUGUGACCAGGUGUCCUGCCAGGCCCACGUUAACGAGCUUAUAAAGACCAUCAUCAUCCACCACGACGGUGUCUUCCCCGGACCACGGGACCUGCAGGGGCCCGUCUACAUCAGUCCAGGGGCCACUGACGAGGACUGGUGAGUGGGGGCGCAGGAGUAGGGGACAGUGUGUUAGUGUGUAUGAGGCAGAGAGAUGCAGGGGCCCCUAUACCAUUUAUAUGAGUAGUGGGGAAGACACAAGGGGCCUCUUUGCUACUUAGGAGAACUGGUGAGCAGUGUGUGUGUGUGUGUGUGUGUGUGAGAGAGAGUGGUAGAGACGGGGGCAACAGUAGUGGCUUGGGGAUGGUGAAUGGUUUUAGGGUUUUGGGGGGGGUAGUGAUUUAAGGGUCUGGUCCAGGCCAGAGGGGCCAGGAGGAUCCACUUACCCACAGAGCACUAAUCUAAGGCCCAAGACACACACCUCUGGAACCCAGGCUUAGGUUGGACCAGUCCAGUAAUGUAACAGUAGAAGUGGCAGGCAUGCCAGGGAGCUUGCCAAAGCAACUCAGAGACACUACAGUAACGUCAAAGAUCUCUCCAGUGAAGAUCGCUCUAUCUCUGGCCAGAUCUGAAGUGUCUGUUUGUAACUAGAUGAAUGGAAGUAUCUGAUGUUGUCAUAUUGAAACCAUUUACUCUCUCAUUCUCUCAUUUAUAAACACAUUCAUUCAUUUAGGGGAAAUGUGUGUGUUUAUUUUUUGUAAACAUUUUUAGUCAUUUAGCAGACUUACAGGAGCAAUUAGGGUUAAGUGCCUUGCUCAAGGGCACAUCGACAGAUUUUUCACCUAGUCGGCGAUUAGAACCAGCGACCUUUCGGUUACUGGCACAACGCUCUUAACCACUAAGCUACCUACCUGCCGUUUAUCAGCUGUAGGUGAUCACAUGAUAUACACAUUGAAGCACACACACACAUACACACACACACACUCACACACACACACACACACACAACACACACACACACACACACACACACACACACACACACACACACACAUACACCCUCAGGGAAAACGUAUGUACAUAUCUGGACUGUUUUGCUGCAUGACCAGCUGUUUCACCAGUUGCUGAUUCCCCCACCCCUAUUCAAAAUCAAAUCUCUCUCUCUCUCUCUCUCUCGCUUAGUGAUCCCCAAUGUGAGCCCCCCCUGGUGGACAUACCUGCUCCUGACACCAUCUCUGUCAUCCACAACAGAGAUGAUGGUGAGUACACAGCAAUAUGCACACACACUGUUCAAAACAUUUUUCCAUAAUUCUGUGGACUGUAAUGAGGUGAAGCUUGCCCACUGAUCUCUGUCCACUGACGGGAAGUAUGAUGCCCACGAAUGCCAUGCUGCACUCAUUCACUCUGCCCCUAACUCUGAAGCUGCUUCUCUCAGCAACAUUCUGCUUCUGACAUCACCCCGCCCCCUGCUAGCAGACCACACCAUACAGCCACACUCUGACCUCUUUUAUCCCCCUUAUGAGCACUUCAUAACAGCUCUAUGAUCACUAUAUGACUGCCUGCUCCCCAACCACUUUGUCUGUAACCAACUGCUGUGGCACUAACCUGCUUGACACUAACACGCCUCCCUCUCUCUACCCCUGCUCCCCUGUUUCUCCCCUGUUUCUCCCCUGUUUCUCCCCUCUCUCUCCCCUCUCUCUCCCGUUUCUCCCAUCUCUCUCCCCUCUCUUUCCCCUGUUUCUCUGCCUGUCCCCCUCCAUUUCUCUCUGUUUAUAUCUCCCUCCCUCCCUUCCUACCCUCUCGCCCUCUCCCUGACUCUCAGGCUCAUUGGUCGUUUCAGAAUCUGACCCAAUAGAGGCCAUCGCUCGCUUCGACUACUCCGGACGGACCAACCGGGAGCUGUCGUUUAAGAAGGGCGCGUCUCUCCUCAUUUUCCAGCGAGCCAGUGAUGACUGGUGGGAGGGCCGACACAACGGAGUGGACGGACUGGUGCCUCACCAGUACAUAGUGGUUCAGGACAUGUAAGAGACCAGAAGACCAGUUUACACUAGUACAGAAGGGUUCAGACCAGUACAGACCUGUUCAGAUCAGUAUAAACCAGUACAAACCACUUUAGACCAGUACAGACCUGUCCAGAUCCGUAUAGAUCAGUUUAAACCAUUACAAACCAGUAUAGACCAGUACAGGCCAACAUAGAGAAGAUGAGAGAAUAGAGUUCUAGUUGGCCUGGCUGUAGUCUGAUCAUGUGUGUGUGUUCCAGGCCGGACGGGGGCAGAGGCAGUCCGAAGACUGAAGCGGAGUUGCAGAAGGAUAGAGCGUCCACUAGGGGCACCGCUGCCUCUCCUACUGGAGCUCACGUAGCUGACAUCUACCUAGCCAACCUCAACAAGUAAGACACACACGCACACAUCACAAUACAGCAUCUCGUCAUUUACACCUUCACUGACCCAAUUAGAUCUCAUUGUGUCUGUUUUCAUCUUGUCACUAACCAUUCCGAUCUCUCUCUCUCUCUCUCUCUCUCUCUCUCUCUCUCUCUCUCUCUCUCUCUCUCUCUCUCUCUCUCCUUUUCUCUCUCCUCUUUUCUCUCUCCCUCUCUCUAUCCUUCUCCUUUCUUUCUUUCUUUCUUUCUUUCUUUCUUUUUCUUUCUCUCUCCCUCUCUCCCUGUCAGGAUGAGGAAGAGGCCUGAGUUGGGGAGUAUCCGUAGAAACUUUUGGGGGUCUGAGGUGGGCCAGGGGGGUGAUGUGUCCCUAUCUGGGGCGACAGGAGGGGGCGUAAGGACGGCCAGUCUGCCGGUGGGAGGGGCUCUGGUGAAGGAGGGCGGCGACAAGCGACCGGUCAGCGCCCAUAGUGUCCUCAACUCCUCUAUCACACGCCACUCCUCUCUCAAGACCAAGGUAGCUUCAAAAACAUAGCUUCUAUUAGUACUGUACUAUUGUUAUUUUUCAGUUGUUGGGUAUUAUUUUAUAUCAGUGGAGGCUGCAGAGGGGAGGACGCCUCAUAAUAAUGGCUGGAAUGAAGUCAAUGGAAUGGUAUCAAACACAUCAAAGACGUGGUUUCCAUAUAGUCGAUACCAUUCCAAUGACUCCAUUCCAGCCAUUAUUAUGAGCCAUCCUUCCCUCAGCAGCCUCCACUGUCAUCUAUUAUUUCUUGUUAUUGCUGAUUGUAAUGAGUCUUAUUUGUUGUGUAGGUGGAGAGCCCUCAGUUCUGCAAGGCGACUACCACGGGGCGCUCUAAGAGCUUCAGCAACCACCGGCCCCUGGAUCCUGAGGUCAUCGCUCAGAUGGAGCCCACCUCACAGGUACGCCCAUCUCUGACCUCUGACACCGCACCUAUCAUCUUUGACCCCUCACCUCUCAUCCAAAUGUGUGUGUGUAUUCUGAUUUGUAUCUCUGUCUGAUAUCUCCUCUUUCAGGAUAUCGAGGCAGCUAUGAGCUCUGCUCUGAGUGAACUGAGAGAGCUGGAGAGGCAGAGCAGUGCCAAGCACACACACACCCCCGACGUGGUGCUGGACACACUGGAGCAGCUGAAGGGUGUGUGUGGGGGUGGAGGUGGGGGCGCGUCCGAGCCCUCCAGUCCUCUCCACUCCCGUCUGCUGAGGGACAGCGAGGGCGCAGGAUCUCCACACUCACACCCCCUCCAACGCAGCGCGUCGUCCGCCAGCGACGUCCCCUCCUCCUUCCGCCCCUCCAAGCCCAGGAGCCCCCUGCCCUCUUCCGCUUCCUCCUCUCUCGCCUCCUCAGCCCUCUCUGCCUCCAAUCCCUCCUUCCGAGAGCCUCGCCCUCCAGCCACGCGGCCCAAGCCGGUGGUCUUCCCCAAGGGUGGAGGAGGUGGCAGUCCGGCUAUGGGCUCCCCAACCACCACU